AUGGCGUCCCACGAGAGCGCGAGGGAGUCCGAGAAAGCUGUUGGAGUAGUCAAUGAGGACCAACUUCCAAUCAUUUCCCCAAAGUCAGACGACGACUCUGCUCAAGCGACAAAGGAAAAGAAUCCUUUCUUCCGGGUUUUCACUUUCGGUAACACUAGACUCUACCUCCUGGAAGCCAUUGCCAUCAUAGCGGCUAUUGGAUCUGGUGUUGCUCUCGCCAUGGUCAAUUUGGUAAUGGGGCAAUUCUUGACACUGCUCAGCGACUUCAGCUUCUCUGAAGGAGGUUCGAUGCCGAGUGACUUCAUGUCCGCUGUGCAAUCGUCAGCUCUCAAGUUUGUUUAUAUCGGUAUCGCUCGCCUGGUCGCUACAUACAUCUACGCAUCUCUUUUCACCUACGCCGCAUACUUCCUAACCCGCAACCUCCGUCGCAGCUAUCUUCGGGCUGCCCUUGGACAAGAUGUCGCCUUCUACGAUAAAGAUAUCUCUGGAUCUAUAUCACAGCAAGCUACUACCAAUGGUAAACUGAUACAAUCUGGCAUCGGAGAGAAGCUCGGCAUCGUCAUCCAGGCACUGUCUACCUUCGUUACGGCAUUUAUCAUUGCAUUUGUCGCGCAAUGGAAGCUCACGCUGAUUCUCAUUUUCAUGGUACCGACUAUGCUAAUUGUAUUGGGUGCCGCUGGCGGUAUUGAUGUUAAAAUUGAGACCGGCAUCCUACAGGUUUACGCCCAAGCCAGCAGCUAUGCAGAAAAUAUCCUUGGGGGGGUUCGUACGCUCCAGGCGUUCAGCCUUCGUCCAAGGGUUAUGGCCAAGUAUGAUUCCUAUCUCCAAGAUGCCUACAACAGAGGAAUCAAGAAAAAUAAGCUCUACGGCAUCGUGUUUGGAGGGCAGUAUUUUGUGAUAUACGCCGGCAUGGGCCUAGCCUUCUGGCAGGGCGUCGCUAUGAUCGACCGUGGCGAGGUUUCUGACCUAGGAACAGUAUUUAUUGUUCUAUUCUCUGUCAUUAUGGCUGCCAGUACAGUAAUGCAAGUCAUGCCGAAUCUGGUCACGUUUAGUCGUGCAACAACGGCAGCGUCGGAAAUGUUCACUCUCAUUGACAGGAAAUCUGAGAUCGACCCCUUUCAAGACUCAGGAUACAAGCCCGAUGAUGUCUCCGGGUCUAUCCGUUUGGAAAGCAUCAAUUUUAGCUACCCAACACGCCCAGAUGUCACAAUUUUGGACGAUUUUACGCUGGAUAUCCCUGCAGGGAAAGUAACGGCAUUUGUGGGGCCGUCUGGAUCGGGGAAGAGCACGAUUAUCGGUCUGAUCGAGCGGUGGUACAAUCCCUGCGGAGGGCUCAUCACUUUGGAUGACAAGAAUAUCAACCAGUUCAACCUCAAAUGGUUGCGGACCAACGUUCGUCUGGUGCAACAGGAACCUGUUCUUUUCAACGAAAGCGUUUUCGAUAACAUUGCCAACGGACUUAUUGGCACUCCGUGGGAGGCAGCCUCGGAAGAAGAGAAGAUGCGGCAUGUACAAGAGGCUGCGGAGCUUGCAUUUGCCCAUAACUUCAUCAAAGGCCUGCCACAAGGAUACCAUACACGUGUCGGUGAAAGAGGCGGACUGCUCUCAGGUGGGCAAAAGCAGCGAAUUGCCAUUGCCCGCAGUAUCAUAUCGAAGCCAAAGAUCCUGCUACUUGACGAGGCAACCAGCGCACUGGACUCGAAUUCCGAGACCAUUGUGCAGAGGGCCCUUGACAAUGCUUCUAAGAACCGGACGACCAUCGUGAUCGCGCAUAAACUCUCAACAAUUCGCAAUGCCGACAACAUCGUGGUUAUGACCAAGGGUAAGAUUGCGGAACAGGGUAAUCAUGAACAGCUUCUCUCUCAGAAGGGCGUUUACGCCACUCUUGUCCGCGCUCAGGACCUUGCACCAACUGGCUUCGAAAAGAGCCAGGAAUAUAGCUCAGAAGACGCAGGCACGCCCGGUGAGGUUCCGGAAGAUGAACUCGACAUGCAUCAAGUUCAGACCAACUUCGACACUAAAGUGACACAGGACCUACAAUUGAUGGCACUCAAGGACCGAGAGGACUACGACCUAUACAAGCAAGCAGGGAUUGUUGUUAAUGUCUGGAAGCUAUUGAGAGGCACGCCCGAAAUAUGGCUUUGGUUUGGCAUCACAAUUGCCACCUGUAUUGGAGGAGCCGCUGUGAACCCCGGGCAAGCCCUCUUAUUAGGCAACGUGAUGAGUGUAUUUACCUCUCCGGAUAUAGUCAGUCGUGGCAACUUCAUAGCCUUGAUGUUCUUCAUCAUGUCGCUCGGUGUUCUUAUUGUCUACUUCAUUAUGGGCUGGUGCACGAAUACCAUUGCACAGACUCUUAGUAGAAAACUACGGAGGGAAAUAUUGGAAUCAUUCCUGCGACAGGACCUCCGGUUUUUCGACCGCCCCGAAAACACUGUGGGUGCGCUUAUCAGCAAGCUUGAUUCCUAUCCGCAGGCAAUCUUAGAGCUGAUGGGAUUCGCCGUCGGUAUCAUCCUGAUGUCUGUCUUCAACGUUCUUGCGUCCAGCGUCCUUGCGAUUGCAGUCUCCUGGAAGUUGGGGCUCGUCGGUGUCUUCGUUGGGCUACCGCCUAUGAUGAUAGGCGGCUACGCACGUGUGAAGCUCGAAACAACGAUGGAUGACGAGCUAGGCCGGAGAUUGGCUACGAGCGCCUCUGUUGCUUCAGAGGCUGUCCUCGCUAUCCGAACCGUGUCUUCACUGGCUAUAGAGAACACCAUGUUAAGGAAGUAUGCUGACGAGCUCGACCUCGCAAUUGCACAGACGACCGGGCCAAUGUUCCAUAUGAUGGCCUGGUUCUCUCUCACGCAGUCUGUCGAGUACUUCAUUCUGGCCUUGGGUUUCUGGUGGGGAUCUAAGCUGAUUGUUGACGGCGAAAUUACUUUCUAUCAGUUCAUUGUAUCUUUCAUGGGUGUUUAUUUCUCCGGCCAAGCUACUGCAUUGGCAUUUAGUUUUGUCAGCAGUAUCACCAAGGCGAACCAAGCCGCCAACUACUACUUCUGGCUUGACGGGCUAGAUGGAACCAUCCGUGACACGUACGGUAACCGCGACAUCGGACCUGAGAACGGAGAAUACUCCUAUGGCUUCCGAGAUGUGAAGUUCGCAUACCCCCUAGCACCCGACAAUCGUGUUCUCAAAGGCGUGUCCUUCUCGAUAAACAAAGGAGACUUUGUGGCCUUCGUGGGCCCCUCAGGAUGUGGUAAGAGCACCAUCAUAUCUCUUCUUGAGCGGUUCUAUGACCCAACAAGCGGAACUAUAACUGUUGGUUCGUCUCGCCCGUUGUCUUCCAUGAACCCACUACUCUAUCGAAAGCAAGUCGCCCUCGUUCAACAAGAGCCGACUCUAUUCCCCGGAACAAUCCGCGAGAAUAUCUCUCAGGGCUUGCCGGGCUUAGGUGUGGCGGAGGUGGCGUCAAAUGACAUGCUUGAAGAGGCGUGCCGAGCAGCCAACUCAUGGGACUUUGUAUCGUCGCUGCCUGAUGGCCUCGACACCCAGUGCGGGACGAGUGGCAGCCAGCUCUCUGGCGGUCAACGGCAGCGCAUUGCCAUCGCCCGGGCGUUGGUACGAAAGCCCAAUGUGAUUCUCCUUGAUGAAGCCACAAGUGCGUUGGACACAGAGUCCGAGAAACUUGUUCAAGGGGCUCUUUCGGAAGCAGCAUCAUCUGGCGACAAAAUCACCAUCGCGGUGGCGCACCGCCUCUCCACGGUCCGAAAUGCUAACUGCAUUUUCGUAUUGUACGCUGGUAGGAUCGUGGAAGCUGGAACUCACGAUGAGUUAGUUGCAAAAGGAGGUAUGUACGCCAAUAUGUGUGAGGGACAGCAGUUGGAUGCCCAGAUAUGA